AUCAAAAUUAAUUUCCAAUGGCUCUUAUCAGAUUCUAGAAUUUCUUGUUCUCCUCUUUCUCUCUCUAAAACUUUAUUUUCUCUCUCUUAAAAAACACAUUUUGCAAAAAACACUCUUUCUCUCCUCUCGUCACUUCAGUUUCCAUGGUUGUCUCUGGGUGAUUCUUGGUUGUUGAAGUUAAUAGAUUUUGGGGAUAUUUGAGAGGAGAGAUAUUGAUCAAGGGGAAAGAAGUGAAAGGAGAGGGAUUGUUUUUAAGAUGUCGAGUGGUGGAAAUACACACUGGUGUUAUCAAUGCAGGCAGCCAAUUCGCCCUCGAAGCCGAGGCACGAUUUGCCCUUAUUGUGAUGGAGGGUUUGUGCAAGAGUUAGAGGAGUUAGGUGGUGGUCCUGGUCCUGGUGGAUAUACUACUACCGCUACUACUAAUCCAUAUGGAAUGAGAGAUGGUCCUGAUCAAUUACAUGGAAUUAUGGAAGCUUUAGACUCUUUGAUGAUCCGGAAUAAUCCCGAGCAUAGGUUAGGGUUAAUUGAAGCUUUGGAUGCAUUUAUGGGGCAAAGGAGGAGAUAUGGUUUAGAUGCUGAUCGUAGCCCUUGGUUGAUUUUUCAAGGGCAAAUGCCCGGAAGGAUGCCAAUGCCUAGAAGUGGUGGGUUUGAGAUGUUCUUCAAUGGAAACCCGGGAAUUGGAUUAAGCCGGGGAAAUAAUGGUGAUCUGUUUGUGGGGCCUGGCCUUCAAGAAUUGAUCGAGCAGCUAAUGGUUGACAGGCAGGGGCCACCACCAGCCCCUCGAACGGCAAUUGAUGCAAUGCCCAUAGUCAAGAUCACUCGGGCACAUAUCCAGACUGAUUCACAUUGCCCUGUUUGUAAAGAUCAAUUUGAGUUGGGCACUGAAGCUAGGCAAAUGCCUUGCAAUCACAUGUACCAUUCUGAUUGCAUUGUCCCAUGGCUGGUCCAGCACAACUCAUGCCCUGUUUGUCGCCAUGAGUUAGGCUCAAGUACUUCAAGUGGCAGACAAAGCUCUGGUAGUGUGAGCAGAAGAAGUUCUAGUAACAACUCAAGAGAGAGAGGAAGCAGUGACCAGAAUACAAGCAGGAGGAAUCCAUUCUCUUUCCUGUGGCCUUUUCGUUCAUCAAACAGUAGCAGCACCCGUGAGUAUGUUCCAACUAGCGCAAGCAACCCCUCCCCUCCCCCACCGCCCCCACCUCCAACAACUCAUGAGAAUCAUGAGAUGAAUUACAGCGGCUGGCCUUUUGACUACUAGGUUAUGUAUGUGUGUAAUCAGCAUUGCUUGAAUUACUUGCUGUCUUUGCUUGCAUGCCUUGGGGAUCAAUUUGGCUAUUUUAACUGAAAUUUCGUAAAUAUGUUGAAACGGAACAAAGCUGCCUCAGACAAUGACAAUGUUUUGGUCUUGGUUCCAAGAAUUUCACAGGUUUCUGCCUUUUUUUUUUCCUACAAAUAUUUUCUAUUUCUGGGGGUAAUUCCUCAUGUAGAUAAGUUCAUAUGUAUUAUCAAGUUACUUUUGCUGGUGCCAUCUGUUUCUGUAGCAGAGUAUUUUCUCUCAGUUUCCCUUGUCCCUAUGUUUUCCAAUGAGAACUUAGCUGAGGUCUCCAUUACCGAAGCCUCUUUAUGGUUGUUUCA